GCCGUCCGCUCCUGCACCCAAGGCGCAGCACCGCACGCUCUCUCUCUCUCUCUUCUUUCUCUCUCUAUCUGCGCGUCUCGACUUCUGGUUCGAGCUUGUGCUUAGCUUUGCAAGAGCAGACGAAGCCGAGGCGAGAGGAUCGAGCAGCGUUGCAGCGGAGCGACCGAGCGAGCAUGUCGUCGUCGGCCGUGCAGUUCGCCGCCGCUUCUCGCGACGGCCACGAGAACAACGGCGGCGGCGGAGGGGACAGCAGCGGCGAGCGGCUCGACCCCACCGCCGUCCUCCUCCCCGUCGAUCCCGGGGCCCCCGACCUGUCCCUCCCCCGGGAGACCUUCCUCCGGGCGGCCCUCUCUCUCAAGGACCAGGUGGUGCAGGCGACGUGGCGCGAAGGCGGAGCGGCCGAUCCGACCGCGUACACGGGGCUGCUGGGGACGGCGUUCCUGUGCCUGAGGUCGUACGCGGCCACCGGCGACCGGGCCGACCUGCUGCUGUCGGCCGAGAUCGUCGACGCGUGCGCUUCCGCGGCGCGUGCUUCCACGAGGCAUGUGACGUUUUUAUGUGGUAAAGGAGGGGUGUUCGCGUUGGGCGCGGUGGUUGCCAAUCUUCUGGGGGACCAUCAUAAGCGUGACUUCUUCCUCAACCUAUUCCUCGAGGUGGCACAAGAGAGGGCUCUCCCGGUUGGACCUGAGGAGGGCGGUUUUGGGAUGUCGUACGACCUUCUCUACGGCCGAGCUGGUUUCCUGUGGGCGGCUCUAUUUCUGAACAAGAACCUGGGAGAGGAGACGGUGCCGAACAAUGUUCUGAUGCCUAUUGUUGACGCCGUGCUGGCUGGGGGCAGGGCCGGUGCGUCCGAUAUCGCUACGUGCCCAUUGAUGUACAGAUGGCAUGGGACCCGGUACUUGGGCGCAGCCAACGGCCUCGCUGGAAUCUUGCAAGUGUUGCUUCACUUUCCACUCUGCGAAGAGUACCUCGAGGAUGUUAAGGGGACUUUGAGGUAUAUCAUGAGCAAGAGAUUUCCGCACAGUGGGAAUUACCCAUCGAGCGAAGGGAACCCGAGGGACAAACUGGUUCAGUGGUCUCACGGUGCGACGGGGAUGGCCAUCACUCUAUGCAAGGCAUCACAGGUUUUUCCACAUGACAGAGACUUCCGUGAUGCGGCCAUAGAGGCGGGGGAAGUUGUGUGGAAGAACGGGCUCGUGAAGAAAGUGGGGCUUGCUGAUGGCAUUUCAGGGAACGCGUACGCCUUUCUCUCGCUGUAUCGCUUGACGGGGGAGAGAAUCUACGAGGACAGAGCCAGAGCGUUUGCGAGCUUCCUCUACCACGAUGCCAACAAGCCCGUCGGCACGGGGCACGGGCACGUUGCGGACUAUGCCUUCUCCCUUUACCAAGGGCUCGCCGGGGCGGCUUGCCUCUGGUUCGAUCUCGUUGACGCGGAGAACUCCAGAUUCCCAGGGUACGAGCUAUAAGGGAAGGAACGCGAAUGCGAACACACGAGAGUUUACGUAUAGCUCUUUCGUGUACAUACUAAUGAGAGGUAUGCCGUUACAAAUCACGUACGCUGUUGCUCUAUUGCUACAGUCAAUAUAUGUAAGGAUUGCAACUUGACAAUCCCACGUUUGAGGCAAGAAAUUGGUAUCCGAAAGACAUCAUCCGUGAUGUUUCCAUGUACCACAAACAAACAGAUGAGAAACCUGCGAAUUGAGUUUCAUGCUA